AUGUUUCCCAAAGGAGGAAAGUUUCCAAAGGAGGAAAGUUUCCAAAGGAGGAAAGUUUCCAAAGGAGGAAAGUUUCCAAAGGAGGAAAGUUUCCAAAGGAGGAAAGUUUCCAAAGGAGGAAAGUUUCCAAAGGAGGAAAGUUUCCAAAGGAGGAAAGUUUCCAAAGGAGGAAAGUUUCCAAAGGAGGAAAGUUUCCAAAGGAGGAAAGUUUCCAAAGGAGGAAAGUUUCCAAAGGAGGAAAGUUUCCAAAGGAGGAAAGUUUCCAAAGGAGGAAAGUUUCCAAAGGAGGAAAGUUUCCAAAGGAGGAAAGUUUCCAAAGGAGGAAAGUUUCCAAAGGAGGAAAGUUUCCAAAGGAGGAAAGUUUCCAAAUAA